AUUGGUUAUUGGUACUUUGCCAUGCCCCGCUAAGGUCUAGUCUAAAAAUAAAAAUCGUAUAAUUGUUUUAUUCUUAAAGACCUUAAAGCAACACGAAAAUGAUUAACUGGCGGGCUUUGGACAAUGUUCCAAUCCUCCUCUACAUUCUGGCUGCUAAGACCCUGCUCUUGUGUCUUGCCUUUGCCGGAGCCAAACUGUACCAGCAGAGGAGAGCGGAAGCUGCCCUAAAGCAGCAGCUGGAAAUGAAGAGAAAGCUUGCACAGGAAACACAGGAGCUCAUUGACAACAAGAAGAAUCACUGACUGACUGACUGACUAGAGUUGUAUGCCUACCGCAAGCUGCCAGUCUUUAGGUGGGAUUUGGGGGGGUGGUGGUCAAACCUGUAGGAGAUGCUCUACCUAGGACUGUAGCAUGUGUUUCAUCUGGAGCUAAGACAAUUGUUGCAGACUGUUGCAUUUUAUUUAUUAUUUUGUGCACUUUGUAAUAAAAAUUACAGUUUUGUACCGUUGGGUCAUU